CAUUUCUCUUGCAAGGUGAUAUGCCACCUAAAGUGACUUGGAAUUUACAUUAUAAUGUCUAUAUCAUGAAAUAAGUGUGGGAGCACCAGAAUUAUAUGACUAUACUGUCAAAGUUGUAUACAUUUACAAUGUUGUCCAUAUCAUGCUUUCUGUUGUACACAUGUAUGGGAUAUUUUAGAAUACAGUGACCUAUGAUGAUGUACAUGUUGACUUCACUUGGGAAGAGUGGACUUUGCUGGAUCCAUCUCAGAAGACUCUAUAUAAAGAUGUGAUGCUGGAGACCUACAGUAACCUCACUGCUAUAGGAUACAGUUGGGAAGACCAUACUAUUGAAAAACACCAUCAAAGUACUACAAGACAUAAAAGCAGAUAUGAAAGAAGCCAUAUUGGAGAGGAACCUUCUGUAUAUACUCAAUAUAGUAAAGUCUUUGCAUAUGACAGUCACCUUCAAAGGAACAGAAGAACACAUACUGGAGAGAAACCCUAUGAAUGUAAUCAGUGUGGUAAAGCCUUUGCAUCUCACAGAAAUCUGCGAAUACAUACAAAAACACAUACUGGAGAGAAACCCUAUGAAUGUAAUGAAUGUUGUAAAGCCUUUGCACAAAAGCGUCUUCUUCAAAGACAUGAAAGAACACAUACUGGAGAGAAACCCUAUGAAUGUAAUCAAUGUGGUAAAGCCUUUGGACAAAAAGAGUAUCUUAAAAUGCAUAAAAGGACGCAUACUGGAGAGAAACCCUAUGAAUGUAAUCAGUGUGGUAAAGCCUUUACACAACAGGGUUCUCUUCAAAUGCAUAGAAGAACACAUACUGGAGAGAAACCCUACGAAUGUAAUCUGUGUGGUAAAGCCUUUAGACAACAGGGUUCUCUUCAAAAGCAUAAAAGAACACAUACUGGAGAGAAACCCUAUGAAUGUAAUCAGUGUGGUAAAGCCUUUGGACAAAAGUAUCUUCUUCAAAAACAUAAAAGAACACAUACUGAAGAGAAACACUAUGAAUGUAAUCAGUGUGGUAAAGCCUUUGGGCAAAAGAGUCAUCUUCAAAAACAUAAGAGAAAACAUACUGGAGAGAAACCUUAUGAAUGUAAUCAAUGUGGUAAAGCAUUCUCUACACAGAAAAUUCUCCAAUUACAUAGAAGAACCCAUACUGGAGAGAAACCCUAUGAAUGUAAUGUGUGUGGUAAAGCCUUUACACAAAAGAGUUAUCUUCAAAUUCAUAAAAGAACACAUACUGGAGAGAAACCCUAUGAAUGUAAUCUGUGUGGUAAAGCCUUUACACAACAGGGUUCUCUUCAAAUGCAUAAAAGAACACAUACUGGAGAGAAACCCUAUGAAUGUAAUCAGUGUGGUAAAGCCUUUGGGCAAAAGAGUCAUCUUCAAAAACAUAAAAGUACACAUACUGAGGAGAAACCCUAUGAAUGUAAUCUGUGUGGUAAAGCCUUUACACAACAGGGUUCUCUUCAAAGACAUAAAAGAACACAUACUGGAGAGAAACCCUAUGAAUGUAAUCAGUGUGGUAAAGCCUUUGGACAAAAAGUGUAUCUUAAAAUGCAUAAAAGAACACAUACUGGAGAGAAACCUUAUGAAUGUAAUCAAUGUGGUAAAGCAUUCUCUACACAGAAAAGUCUCCAAUUACACAGAAGAUCCCAUACUGGAGAGAAACCCUAUGAAUGUAAUCAGUGUGGUAAAGCCUUUGCAUUGCCCAAUAAUUUCCAAUUGCAUAAAAGGUCACACACUGGGGGCUGGAGAGAUGGCUCAGUGGUUAAGAGCACUGGCUGUUCUUCCAUAGGUCAUGAGUUCAAUUCCCAGCAACCACAUGGUGGCUCACAACCAUCCAUAAUGAGAUCUGUUGUCCUCUUCUGACCUGCAGGUGUAUAUGCAGACAGAAUACUGUAUACAUAAUAAAUAAAUAAAUCUUUAAAAAAAAAGUUCAAGGCCAAGGUCAACAAGAUGCUCAGUAUAAAAGUGUUCACCAUGCAAACCCAAUGGCCUAAAUUCAAUCCCUGGGUCUCAUGGUGGAAGGAGAGAACCAGUUGCCAUCAUAACAUACCGUGCACAUACACAAACACACACACAUGCAAACACCAUUACUACUUAAAAAAAAAAGUCACACACUGGAGAGAAACCUUAUGAAUGUAAUCAAUGUGGUAAAGCCUUUGCAUUGCAUAGUAGUCUCCAGCCACAUAGAAGAAAACAUUCUGGUGAGAAACCCUAUAACUGUAAUCAAUGUAGUAAAGCAUUCUCUGCAGAGAAAGUUCUCAAAUUACACAGGAGAACCCAUAGUGGAGAGAAAUCCUAUGAAUGUAAUCAAUGUGGUAAAACCUUUAUACAACAGUGUAAUCCUCAGACACAUAAAACAUACUGGAGAGAAACCCUAUGAAUGUAGUCAAUGUGGUAAAGCCUUCUCUAGACACAAUAAUCUCCAAGCACAUAGAUGAACACAUACUGGGGAGAAACCAUAUGAAUGUAAUCAUAUGUGGUAAAGCCUUUGUAUAACAGGGUGGUCUUUAAAUUUAUAAAAGAACCCAUUCUGGAGAGAAACCCUAUGAAUGUAAUCAGUGUGGCAAAGCCUUCUCUAAACAGAGUAAGCUCCAAAAACAUAGAAGAACACAUACUGGAAAGAAACCCUAUGAAUGUAAUCAAUGUGGUAAAGCCUUCACUACACAGAGUAGUCUCCAAGCACAUAAAAGAACACAUACUGGAGAGAAACCCUAUAAAUGUAAUCAAUGUGGUAAAAUCUUUGUCUAUGCUAGUAGUCUUCGAAACCAUUUGAAAAAAUCAUACUGCAAAAACCUUAUAAAUGUCGUCAGUGUUGUAAAAUUUGCAUUUUAUACAGAAAUAAACUUUUUGUGUGCAAUCAAUCUA